CGGGGGAGACAUUUUGAGGUGUGUGGCUGCAGCCCCUGCCCCCCCGUUGGCCUGAGUCCAGCCCUGCCUGGGUCGCUGCCCCCCGCCCCGCGAGGCUCAGGUGCGGGCGAGCCGCGGAGGAUGCGGCAGGGGCGGGGCCUUGCCUCGCCUCCCUGCUGAGCCCAGCCCCGCGGCUGUGGGGGGGCGUGGGGGGUCUCCUAAGCAUGAGCGCAGGGGCUGAGCGUGACACCCCCAGGAAGAGAGUCCGGGUGGGCCCCCCCGCCCCUCGCAGCGGCGGCCGCGGCUCGGAGGAGGAGCAGCCGCUUUCCUCGGGCAGAAAGGGGCCGCCACCGUCGCCGCCUCCUUCCCCGCCCCCCCGGGAGCCAGGGCCCAGGAGCGGCGGGAGCAGCCGGAGCUUGGCAGUCACGGUGGGGAACAAAGUUUACAAACAAAGGACAAUUACAUCUUGGAUGGAGAAUAAAGGACCCAAGACUACAGACUUAAAGAGUUUGCAGAAUAAAACUAAUAAUACGGGGGCAGAUCUCAAGAUGACUUCUGUUAAAAAGGAUAACUUGUGUGAACAUGAUGUUAAAAAGCUAGAGAGUAUUUGUCCACAAAGCUAUCCAAGAAUAUCUGUGGAAACGAAUACAAACCAUGUAAAUCUGCCACAGAGUGGCAGCCUGUGUAAACGGGAAGCAGAGGGACCACGUAGAGAUCAUCCAUCAGCCACAGAGCCUGUUAAAGGGAUCCGUACUGGAGAUCAAUUUAAAAAUGCCAACACUGAUCAAAUGCACAAAACUGGCAAGCAGGUUCACAGAGGUAGUGAACAAAAUAGUGAGAUUUGGGCUCACAGGAAAUUAUCAUCAGGCAGGUCUGUGAAGAUGGUAAAUACAAAAUCUACAUCAAAAGACAAUGAAACAGAAGAAAAAGUGACUUCAUGUAAUCCACAACAGCUAAAGAGCUGCAGUCCUGUAGUUGGCGUGACUAGUGAACAGGAUGUGGUGGAUAUAGUUCCAGAAAGCCCACUUUCAGAUGCUUGUGGUGAUGCCUGUAUAUCUGAUAUUGGAGGUCCAGGAAAACUGAAUAAAUAUCAAAGUAAUUCAGGAGAGUCACAUGCUUUUGAGAAAGAAAGUGAACCUGAGUCACCAAUGGAUGUGGAUAAUUCCAAAUAUAUCUGCCAGGGCACAGAGGCUGAUGAAGAAACAAUUCAAUUUUUUGAUGAGCAAGAGGAUGUUGACACAUCAAAAGCUGCAAGCAAAUCUUCCAGGUUUCAGCUGGGGAAUGCUGAACUGGAGAUGAGAGGAUCACCAUUUUCCUCCAAAUGUUGUGAAGGUGCUCGAUAUAACCUCCAUUUUGAGGGGACAGAUGACUCUGUGAAAGAGGAUGAAUUAUAUACAAAGUCAUCUGAGAUCUUUCCUGCUCUUUCAUCAGAUUGCAAAAGUGCAAAACAGUGUGGGAAAAAGGACUCUAAAAUUACUUCCCAUUUCAUGAGGAUACCCAGAACAGAAGAAAAAAGGAAAGAAUCAUGUGAAUUCAGAUACCAAAGGCCAGGAAGGAAGAUUCCUAAAUAUAUCCCACCUUCACUUCCAAGUAAUAAGAAAUGGUUUGGGACACCUAUUGAAGAGAUGAGGAGAAUGCCUAUUUGUGGGGCUCAUCUUCCUCAUUUGAGACCAUCAACCAAUCAUACAGUGACCAUCAGAGUAGAUCUGUUGAGGGAAGGAGAGGUGCCCAAACCUUUUCCAACUCAUUAUAAAGAUUUGUGGGACAAUAAGCAUGUUAAAAUGCCCUGUUCAGAACAAAAUUUAUACCCUGUAGAAGAUGAGAAUGGUGAUAGGACUGCUGGAAGCCGAUGGGAGCUAAUCCAGACUGCACUGCUUAACAAGUUCACUAGCUCACAUGAUUUGAAGGAGGCUAUAUUGAGAUACAAUGUUGCUUAUACCAAGAAAUGGGACUUUACCGCUCUUACUGACUUCUGUGAUAAGGUGCUUGAAGAUGCAGAGUCUCAGCAUUUGUUCCAGUCCAUCUUGCCCGAUAUGGUAAAGCUAGCACUUUGUCUCCCUAGUAUCUGCACCCAGCCAAUACCUUUACUGAAACAAAAGAUGAAUCACUCCAUCACAAUGUCACAGGAGCAGAUUGCUAGUUUUCUAGCCAAUGCUUUUUUCUGCACUUUUCCACGACGCAAUGCCAAGAUGAAGUCUGAGUAUUCUAGUUAUCCAGACAUUAACUUCAACAGAUUGUUUGAAGGACGGUCACCAAGGAAGCCGGAGAAGCUUAAAACACUUUUCUGCUACUUUAGAAGAGUCACAGAAAAAAAACCAACCGGAUUGGUGACAUUUACAAGACAGUGUCUUCAAGACCUUCCAGACUGGGAAAGAUCUCAUAAAAAACUGACCAGGCUGUAUGUCACAUAUGAGGGCACCAUAGAAAGCAAUGGACGUGGUAUGCUACAGGUUGAUUUUGCAAACCGUUUUGUUGGAGGUGGUGUCACUGGUGCAGGACUGGUACAAGAAGAAAUUCGUUUUUUAAUCAAUCCAGAGCUGAUUGUAUCUCGGCUCAUCACUGAAGUCCUGGACCACAAUGAAUGUCUUAUAAUCACAGGUAGUGAGCAAUACAGUGAAUAUACAGGCUAUGCAGAAACAUACCGAUGGGCAAGAAGCCAUGAAGAUGAUACCCUAAGGGAUGAAUGGCAGAGGCGCUGCACUGAAAUUGUUGCUAUCGAUGCAUUUCACUUCAGACGUUUCCUUGAUCAGUUUGUUCCUGAGAAAAUCAGAAGAGAACUCAACAAGGCAUACUGUGGCUUCGCUAGACCUGCUGUUUCCCCUCAGCAUCUUUCAGCAGUAGCCACAGGAAACUGGGGAUGUGGUGCCUUCGGAGGAGAUUCCAGAUUGAAAGCCUUGAUACAAAUCCUUGCAGCUGCUGAAGCUGGACGAGAUGUGGUUUACUUUACCUUUGGAGAUGCUGAGCUGAUGAGAGAUAUUUACAACAUGCACGCUUUUCUCACCGAUAAGGGCCAAACUGUUGGGGAUGUUUACAGGCUGUUGCUCCGGUAUUACAAUGAAGAAUGCAGAAGCUGUUCUACUCCAGGACCAGAUGUGAAGCUUUACUCUUUCAUCUAUAACACUCUUGAAUCCUAUAUAGAUUCCACUGAUGAAGAGGAGAAAGGAUUGUGUUUUGAUGACUAAAAAAAAAGUGAGGAUUUUUUUCCUCUCCUAAUAUAUUGUUUGAAUUGCUGGGUGUAAUAUAUGGACAGGCUUAAUUUAAUAUCAGUGUGUAUAAUACUGCAUUUAUAAUCCGAUAAACUAUCCUAACCUAAAACCAAACUUUCAGUAGUGACAUUUUCUGCUUAUACAAUGGAAACCCCAUCCAUCCAUAUAUAUAUAUAUAUAAAGGGUUUGUUUUGUAAAUCUUAGUUGCAUUUGCAUGUCAUCUUGUUCACCAGCAGAUUUUAGUCUAUAUUUGUUACUCUUUGGAAUCAACAAAUACCAAUUUGUGAAAACUCUCUCUUUAAAGAGCCUGUGACAUGCAAAUUUCCAACAUAAAAUGAUUACUAGUAAACCCACUAGUAAACUCACUCACUCAUAGGUGAAAUGUUAGGAAAGCCCAGUAAUUCCCCAUUUCACAGGGAAUUCUAACAGUUCCACUGCAGCCCUGGAGCUGCCAUGGCACUUUUGCCUUUAAUUGUCAACUUCUUAAUUUCUGCAGCUUUAAAACCAUCACAACUUUAAAUGUGUUUUAAAUACAAAGUUUAAAAACUGCAGCAAUUAAGGGGAAGCAAAAAUUAAAGCAUCACCCAACUACUCUUCUGAUGUUGGCACUGUGAGGAGAGAUGGGUAAUAGGAAGUUAGACUGGGAAAGAGGGGGCUUAGCUAUAAAGUGGAGGGGAGAGAAACACUAACAUUAGAGGAAGCAGAGGGAAACAUUUCACAUAAUUUUCUAUUCUUAAUUAUCAAUAGUAGGAUCCAAGUAUUAUAUAAAACAGUGAACAAGUUCUUAAACAUGAUGAUGUGUCAAAAAUUACUCACGGUUUGCUUCAGUGAUUUGUAAUAUUGCUGGAAUUCAGCUAUUGGUUAGAUUUACAGCAACAUAUCAGUUAUCAUAGAUCAGUUAUUCUCUACCUAGUAUAUAUACAGAUAUACUCAUAUAGGUAUGUAUAAAUGCACAUACAAUAGAAAUGAAACUAAGAAGUGAUAAUUACUUAGGCAUUGGUGGCCAGGAAAUCUCUCCAUCCUACAAAAAAGAAAACAUUAAAACAGCAACUAUCGGUGGGAGUUGGUUUGUGUUUGUACCUUGAAGUAUGAAAGAGAUAACAAUGGAGUAACGUCAUAGGAAGUAGUGUAGAAAGUCUGCUGUUUUCAUCUCCAUGAGUCCAAAAUGAAUACAGCUGUUGUACAGUAAAGAAAUGAACAAAUGAGUUUCAAAGCUUCAGGAACGUAACUGUACCAUAACGCCCCAGGAAUGUAUACUGGCUAAACUCGACGGAUUUCAGUGAAAGUUUUGCCUCUGUAAGCAAUCUAUAAUUUAGCCCCAAAUUGGAAAGCAUGGACUUCUCUCCAUUAAGCUUUUUUGUCCAGACACAUUGGUGGCAGCAGUAGCAGUAGUGAUGUAGCUUCACAGGUGGUAGUAAGGCUGAAAGCUGUAAAAUAGAUAAAGCACGGUUGUUACCAAGGUUUUCGGCAUGAUGUCUAGUAGAUCUCCUUUGAGGGUCUUAGAUAACAUGGUGUUUAAAUACUGAUGCACAUUCAGAUUCCGGCCUCCAUUUAAUCUCCUCCUGCUGCUCAUACUGCUGGAGCUGAACUAGUGGGGAAUUUGGGACUUUAAAAAAGAUUAGUGCAGAGGCUCUGUAAAAAUGUCUUCAUGGUUAUGCUAAUGGUUGAAUUAGGAAACAUCAGCAUUCCUUGUGAUUUAAUACAUUAUGGCACAGGUGAUUUAACCCUGCAGUUCCCAACUCUUGUUCUUUCUGUCCAUCCAAACCCAUUGAAACACAAAUUGAAAAAGAAAUCUUGAUAAAGAGACUUUCAGCACCUUUCUUUGAUUUAUACCUGUGGCUUUAGAGCUAAGGGGAAUGUUUCUAUCCCAGAAACUGCUCAGAUUCUGAUUGUGAUGUAAAGACAUUUUGCUCUAAGGAUCAUGUUUUUAGGAUUUGACUCCAAAUGCAUCCCUGAUAAUGAACACAACCUGAUCAUGAAUGUCUACAGAAAAUUGAAGCUAAAUGUCAAGUCCUGUUUACUUUGCUACUUAUAGGUGAAAAGGAUUUGGCCCUACCCCCCUGGAAGACAAUAUAGCGGCAAGUCCUGUAGUUAAGCAUAACUUUUCCCUUUUUUAAAAUAAAUGUUUUCUCAUGUCUGCAAGCAUUGUGUUCAUCUUUGGGCAAGGAAGAGAAACAAACUAGCUAAUGAAUUCCUUCUCGCUACUUCAGCCAUGAAAAUGGAAAAUAUUUGUAACUAUAGAAUAAUUUUCUCAAGUUUAUUUUUGACUGCACCAUAGCGUAUUCAAUUCAGAGAAUAAGAUGUUUGUAGUGUCAAGAAUUUCCAGAACAAUCCAUGUGAUUACAUUUAUUUUGAUUAUUUUUUCUUAAAAUUGUGGAGAAUUAAAUAAUGGUGGAGCAGAGAAAGCCCCUAUUCAAGCUCAGUUCUUUAUGUUUCUCCCUUAUAUUUUUGAAAUGCAGUUAAUAAACUAUUAGGUUUUUUUUCACAAGUUCUUACAGAAUUCAUUUAAUUUAUAUAUAGUCACCUGAAAAAAUUGAAGUAAUAUCUUCUAUAUUCUUAUGAAUUUGGUUUUUGAAAGGGGAAAAUUGGGGUCACUUACAGUAUAAUGUUGAGAACAGCAUAAAGAUUAUAUUUACUUGUGCAGAUUUGAAGUAAUAUAGCAUAUGGUUAAAAACUUAAGAGCAUUAUAUUCCCAACAUCUUUGUUGUCUGCAAGAAAACUAAAC